UUGUCGCAAAAUCUCGGUAUUGAUUUUAAAACAACUAAAAAUGUGCAAGAAGUUUUUAACUUUUUUGGCGUUAAUCGUGUCUACCUACGCAACUAUUCCAGAUUACGUUCCUACUGAACUCCACGAUUGGAUGAUAAGCAUGAGGAACAAAUGCAUCCAAGAAGCACAAAUCACCGAAGCCGAUGUUGAUACAUACGUUAUAAGUAAUAAUGCUCAACCUAUGAUGUGCUACAUGAAGUGUUUAAUGCGUGAAGCAAGAUGGAUGACUCCCGAUCAUCAAGUUAAUUAUGAAGUUAUUGGAACUAUGGAAUUUGGGGAUAUGAAAGAUAUCGUUAUGGCUGCUUUGGAAAAAUGUAAGACUUUUACAGAUGGCAAAGAACCAUGUGAAACAGCUUACAAUUUUAAUGUAUGUUUGCAACAAGCUGAUCCAGUUCAUUACUUCCUACCUUAAAGAACAUGAUGUCAAUAAGAUACUGUAUUUGAUUUUAGCUAUGUACUCGGAUUUGUUCAACUUUUUCUUCUUAAAAUUAGAGAUUAAUUUAGAUAAAUAAAAUGUAUCAAUAAAAUUUCUGAGAAUUA